UAUAUAAUGCCCCCCCUUCCAACUUCGUUUUUAAUUCAGUAAACAGAAAAAGCAAUGAAACAUCUUGCCCCUGUGUCUGACUCACCCCUUACCGCUUCAUCAACAAGUAGUUAAAUUUGAAAGCUCCUCCCUCUUGCUUAAUUACAGACGCCCUUAAGACAUUCAGAUAAUUUUCUGUUGCUACUUUUGAGUUUAGACUAAAGGGUGCUCCUCCCACUGAAGUAGCCUCCUGCUGGCUCCGUCUGCACUAGACAACUUCACUGAUUUACAUGCAGAAGUAUUGCAACUCUUGUAGGUGAAGUACUCACAAGCUCUCGCUGAACUGUGGGAGCCGGUUCACACAGCAUGGGUCCUGAACUACAACCUAACUUGGAUAGCUUUGCAUAGUGCCUGAGCACCCUCGUCUGAGCUGUAAAGAAGCAAAGAGGAGAGAGAGAGAGAGAGAGAGAGAGAAAGUGAGAGAGAGAGAGAAGAGAGAGAGAGAGACGUGACCAUGUUUGUGUAGAAGAGUCACAUAGCUGUCCAAACUGAUUAAGAAUGAGCUUCCUGCUGUUUAUUAAAAAAGCUGCAGUGGGGCUUCUGUGGAACUGCUUUGUGCUGCAAUCAGUUUUGGGGAACUUAACCACAGACAACGCCAUCCAUUCCAGUUUCAUCCACGGGCGCCUAAAAAGUCAGGAAAGACGGGAGAUGCAAAGAGAAAUCCUCUCGAUCCUGGGCCUGCCUCAUCGCCCUCGACCCCAUUUGCAUGGCAAGCACAACUCUGCACCCAUGUUCAUGCUGGAUCUCUACAAUUCCAUGUUAAUGGAGGAUGCGAAGGGCUUCUCAUACCCUUACAGAGCCCUCUUCACCACCCAGGGACCACCUUUGGCCAGCCUGCAAGACAGUACCUUCCUCAGUGAUGCAGACAUGGUAAUGAGCUUUGUCAACCUGGUGGAAUAUGACAUGGAGAUUUUCCACCAGCGACGACAUCACAGAGAGUUUAAGUUUGAUCUUGCGAAGAUCCCAGAAGGGGAGGCUGUCACGGCAGCAGAGUUCCGAAUCUAUAAGGACUACACCAGAGAGCGGUUUGAAAAUGAAACAUUCCUGAUCACAAUCUACCAGGUGUUAGAGGAGCACAUGGAAAGCGAGUCCGACUUGUUUCCACUGGAUUCUAGAACUAUUUGGGCUGCAGAGGAAGGGUGGCUGGUAUUUGAUAUAACAGCCACUAGCAACCAUUGGGUGGUGAAUCCAAAAAAUAACUUGGGGCUUCAACUCUUUGUGCAGACAACAACUGGACAAAGUGUUAAUCCCAAAACGGCAGGAAUAAUUGGAAGAUUUGGACCUCAGAAUAAACAACCUUUUAUGGUAGUCUUCUUUAAAGCCACUGAGAUCCACAUUCGGAGUGCACGAUCAGCAGGAGGUAAACAGAAGAACCAGAGUCGCUCUAAGUCUUCCAAAGGUCAAGAUUCUCUAAGAGCAACUGGUCUAACAGAAAACAGUAGUAGUGACCAACAACAGGCCUGCAUGAAACAUGAGCUCUAUGUCAGCUUUCGUGAUCUAGGAUGGCAGGACUGGAUCAUAGCACCUGAGGGAUAUGCUGCAUUCUAUUGUGAAGGAGAAUGCUCAUUCCCACUGAACUCAUACAUGAAUGCUACAAAUCAUGCUAUUGUUCAAACUUUGGUUCAUUUAAUAAACCCAGAGAAUGUCCCGAAGCCAUGCUGCGCUCCCACACAGCUCAAUGCCAUUUCCGUGCUUUACUUUGAUGACAGCUCAAACGUCAUCCUAAAAAAAUACAGGAAUAUGGUGGUUAGAGCAUGUGGGUGUCAUUAGCACCUGAGAGAGAGAGCAAUCAACAUCUGAUGACUAUUGGAAACACACUGCCAGUCAUGAAUCCCACAUGACAAAUCAACUUACUUUCUAACCCAAGGUGGUUUUAAGGAAGAUCUAAUCACAAAAUGAGAACAUAUUUUACCUUGUUUAUUUUUAUUCAAUCUUUACACAAUAUUUAUUUUUAAAGGCCUAUUAUGUAUCGAUUAUUUCUGUAUUAAGAACACGAGUGAAGUCAAAUGAUCUUUGAUGAACUUUCCUAUGAAUUGGACAAUUCGUCUUUUAAUCAGCAGAUUUCUGAUUACCUCUGAAUAUAAGAUUUUGUCAUAAAUGGAAGAAAACAUUUUCGAACAUUUUCUACACUGCUCCAAAAUGGUUAAUCAAAAAUAGACUGGUGAAAAAUAAAUCCAUGCACAAUGACAAAGGACCUAGAUCACUAUUAUGUUCAGAUUUAAACUCAAUUACAAUCCAUAAUUCAACUGAAGGACAUAUUUUGUUUUCAUACCAAAAUAGUGAAAACUUCAACCAUAAUAAAUUUUAGAUAUGUAGGAAAUUAAUAGGCAGAGAAUUUUAAGAAUAAAAAGGACUCAUCUGAACCCAAGUCUGUGCAGAGUUAACUGAAUUUAAUCAGAGAGGUAAAGAGAUAAAUAUCUUGAUGUCAGUACCUCCUGGAGAAAGUAGAGAGGGGCACAGAUUGACAACUUUGCAUUGGUGAUUUCUAACGAACCUUUUAGAAAUGUAGUUAUGACAUCCCAAUAUUUUGAUUCAAGUUAUCAGGAAACAUCACUUGUCUGUGGUAGUGGAUCUAACUGAAAAGGAAUAGGAGGCAGAGGAGUGUAAUUUUCAUCAUAUUGCUCAUGCAAUAUGGGCUAAACGAUGGUGGAUUGCUGCCAUCUGGCACUAGCUUAUACUGCCACCGUCAUUACUAUCAGGUAAAAUUAAAAAUGACACCCAUCUCCUUCAGUAGUUUAGCAGUGAAAAAGGGAAAAAUAAACAAGCAUUUUUGUAAUUACUUGCUUAACGAUGAUGAACUUCAUUACCAGCAUUCAUUGGCCAUCCUUUAUCACUAGAGCCAGGAUUUUGUUAUAAAUGCCAUGUGCUUUUUCAUGCCAUUUUUGAUGAUUUCACCAGGAUAAUGCCUUUUUCAUGAUCGAGUGCCUAAAUCAGCCCUCUUUUGCUGUUAACGCGUUAAUAUUAAUGUUAUUAUUAACCUGUUAACAUAAUAUAACUUACAAGAAAAUUUACACCACCGGGGUGAAAACCGGGGGUGGCACCAUCGGUCGUUCACUCGUUCGUGCCGCUGCCCACUGGAUCAGUCUUCUCCAAGAUCUAUUUAAGAAAGAACUGCAGAUGCUGGAAAAAUCGAAGGUAGACAAAAAAUGC